GUUAAAUAUGGUGAUUAGAGUUAUUAGUUACGCGUCCCCUUAAACAGUCGUAAAAAGAUUCGGAAUAUUUUAAACCACUUAAAACCUCUGAUAUUUCCCUUCCUAAUGGAAAGCAAAAAUAAUGUACAAUUAUCGUCUUCAAAUUACAAAUACGUCAGCUGCUAAUCAAACAUAACCUUAAUGUUCCGCCAGUUUUUGUACUCUUGUAGAUCAAUCAGACCACGUAGUCUCACCACCAUCCUUUUUACAACAAGUAAAUAAGCUUGUCACCUCUUUAAAUACGGACGGUUUAAGAGUGUUUAAACUGGUUUUCAGUGGUUUCCGGUAAAUCUCCAAGAAGUUUAAGGAUAAAAUUCGGGGACAGUUUAAAACUCAAAAUGCCUGAUCCCUGGAGUUCAAAGGAAGACAAUUUCUUCAUCUCUCAAGCUAUCCUAAGCAUCGUGUUCGCCACGUCAGCUCUCGUUUCAAAUGUUUUCUUAAUGAUUACUGUAUGUCGAAAUACAAACUUGAAUCAGAGGAUUUGGCAAAUGCAUGCAACUUACUUCGUGGUAAACCUGAGCAUCUGCGACGUUCUGGCCGGUCUUAUUCCCGGAUACGGUGGCCUCUCUUACGAUAUCAAUAUUUUGAGAGGCCAGACGCGAGAAAGCCUCGUUGGCCUCAAAAGUUUAAUAACUUUUGCUGCUGUCAUGACAAAUAUCGUCUCAUCUGGCACCAUAGCUUUAAUGUCUUAUGAUCGUUGGUUAGCAGUUUCGUCUCCUCUGCAUUACAAAGCUCGGGUGACCAAAGCGAGGAUAAAAGCAGCCCUAGCUUUUAUCUGGAUUUAUUCCUUGAUAUUCUCUAGUCUUCCAUCGAUGGGAGUGGCAAUAUCUCUGUUCACUCUCCUUUACUGCCACCUUCACGUCUCGGUUCCUCUAAUAAUCUUGCCGGUGUUAUAUUGGAAAACAUUGCGAGCGCUUCGCCAGCACAACAAUCGAGUGCAUGAUGGAGCAGAUGAUAAUGGAAGGCAGAAAAUGGACACGGCCCACAGGAAUAGAGAGCGUAAAAUGGUGUCGGCAUUUCUCUUGAUUCUUGCUUUCUUUUACCUAUCUUUCGGCCCACAGUUUAUCGCUCAAAAUGUUCUCCUUUUUUACCCUGAUGCAAUAAAUCAAGAAAGUUUUCGUUUUUUCUUGUAUGCGUCUAACAAGUUUCUUUUAGUUAAUUGUUGUUUAAACCCCUUCAUCUACGCGUGGAGAAUUCCGACCUACAGGAGAGCUUUCAGAGAGAUUUUUAGAGGCUGCGUUCGGCUUCCGAGAAACAGUGUCCUUACAGUAAUGCAAAACGACGUCAACAAUUGAAGGGACCAUACAUACAACUGUGAUGGUCGAAGAGUUACCUCUACAAGGAAGACGUGUGUAGUUCAGCAGUAGAUAUCGAUUUACCAGAGGAAUUACCCGAAAGUAACAUGAAUUAGAAGCACUCGGGGAAAAGUAAGUAAAUUACGAACCGACGGUGACUGAAUCAUACACUCUGUUUUUGAGUUCUUCCUGGCGGCCUCAGUGCGUUUACGGAAGGUGCGGUGUAUUGUUUUUCGCACUAAAAUAGCUCUCGACUUACGGAUAGAAGAAACGAUAUGACCGACCUUAGAAUCCCAGUCGCUCUAACUACGUACGUUUUGAGUUUAUCAAAGUAAUUUAAAAAUUUUAUUUGCAAAAGUGAACAAGGAGGUACCCAAGUUAAUCUUUAAUACGUGGCCGAGUAAAUAACGCACUUGGGACUGGCACUUUCGUAUGGAUAUACCCCUUGUUUUAAACUUAGGGCCAAACCAGAAAGGCACACAGUAGAUUCUCUGAUUACGACCUUUGUAUGGCCCUUUUUUGGCGAAGGAACCGUUCUUGGCCUUGAUACGAGAAAACAAAACAAAUUUAUGUAGAUUGAAGAGUAAACACACUUAAAAAAGGGUGAUAACAUAACAAAAAAAUUUGAUUUAACUCAUUUAUUCCUGCAACAAUUACAACAUUUUCGGGUGCUAGUUGUUUCUUAGAAGAAUGGCAAAGGAUAUUCGGAGUUUUAGUUAGCCAAUCAGACCACGCCUUUAACGCUAUCCACUGUUUUAGUAUAUACUAAAAUCAUCUCAUUAUUAAAAGAUCAAAACUUUCA